AUGGAACUCCGUGCUAAAACAACCCAGGCUACUCCUAUUAAUUUUACCAAUCAUAGCUAUUUUAAUUUAGCAGGCCAUGAAACUGGUGCAAUGGAUGUCAUGGAUCAUGAAGUAAUGCUUGAUGCUGACUAUUACACCCCACUAAAUAAUGACUCAAUCCCAAUAGGGGAGAUCAAAUCAGUAACUGGCACAUAUCUAGACCUUAGGACUCAAAGGAAUCUUGGGUUUUUAAUAAAUAAUUCUCCAAAUAAUGGAUAUGACAAUAAUUUUUGUGUGAAUGGCACAGGUAUGAGGUUUGUAGCAAGAGCUGCUCAUAAAAAAACUGGCCGCACACUUGAAGUUUAUUCUAAUCAACCUGGUGUUCAGUUUUAUACCGAAGGUGGAGUACCUGAGGAGGGACGAUGUGGCAGCGGAAGGCCUGGUGGUGUUGGAUUCGUUCAAGUACAACGUCAAUACGACGCAGCCGCCGAGGAGGCAAGCGAAGAACAACCUGCAAGGCUUCAUCUAUGUCAAUGGCGACCGGUAACCAGUCAGUAUUCAGAGAUGUUAGUGUCAAUACACUUCUUCAUCUUUUGCACUUGUUUAACGGAAUAUUUCGUAAGGGGUGACAAUCCUAAGAAGUUAUUGACUCAUAGGUACCAUCCAACCACCUUCUAUUCUAGCCAAAAAGAUGAGCCUGAUACAGCAGCAGAUGACAUCCAAUAUGCAUAUGAAGGAGGAGAGAGCCAAGCAGGCGAAGUGACCAAUCCUCAAGACAGUGACUACCAAGAAUCUAAUUUGCAGUCAGAAGUACAACAUGACUAUCAUACACAGCUAAAUCAUGAUUAUCAGCCUGAUAUCCAUCAUGAUUAUCAACCUGAUAUCCAUCAUGAUUAUCAACCUGAUCUACAUCAUGACUAUCAACCUGAUCUACAUCAUGACUACCAGGAAGAUACAGGGUACCAUGAUAAUGAACCAGGCACUGGAUACCCAGAAAACCAUGGAUACCGAUAUAAUAUUCCAGAACAUGGCUAUCUCCAUGAAGAACCAUCGAUUGGUUACCACUAUCCUCCACCACCAGCUCUUCCAGCAUUACCUGCUGCUCAUGCAAUGGUUGAAACAUCAAAGCAGGUUGAAAACCCUCUGGUUACCUACUAUUACUUGGGAAGACAUUUAUGGUACAUUCCUCUUUACUUCAGCAUCUAUUUCAUCAUCUAUGUAGGAGCAUUGGUACUAAAAUCAGUCGCUCGUCACAAAAUCCAGUUUCCAUAUAACUUACAAAUGGCUGCUGUCCAAGCCAGAACUGCAAAAUCACUAGAUGAAGGCUCAAAGAAGUUCUAUAUGUGAAAAGUAUGAUUCCGAUGUAUUAUGAGUUUUGUAAUAGUAAGUCUAUUGGUUGUUAGCCAGUUAAAACAAUUUCAACUGAUAAAAAAAUUAAAUAUAAAAUAAUUGUUUGCUCUCUUUUUUGUCAUACAGGUUGAUUAUUAUUUAAGUUUUUUUAUUAGAGUUAUUUACUGAUAUAUAUAGUAUUUAAUGAUAUAAGAUGAUCUUAAAAUGCUCAUAUAAGCUACAGAAAAAAGUUUGCUUUAAAAAAUAUAGAUGACUACAGCUUUUCUUUCAUUAAUAGACAAACAGUUUUUCAAACUAUUUUCCGACUAAACGGGAAAAUGCUGUAAGAACAUUCUACACAGAUGUUCUAUUUUUCAUGGUUCAAAUUAUUUUAAAAGAAAAUUUAAAAGGAAAAAGUGUAAACAUUUCUAUUCAUCUUUCCUCUUUUACAUAUAUCUCAAAUGGGUGAUAUUUUUUAAAUAUUCUAACUAUUUAUUUAUUUAUGAUCUUCUUCCUUUGCUUUUCAGCCCAAUUUAAUGUAUUAUUUUUUUCUUCAUACUUUCUCCUUCAGUGUUUUUAAUGUAUGUUACUUUCUGUAAUUUUUGGAACUAACUGAUUUAUCCCUUAAAUGUAAAUAUUAAAAAGGGUAUUAUACUAAAAUAAUAACUAAUCUAAAAUUUAUCUAAAAUGAUUUGUAAAUAGAUUAUUAGAUGAUCAGUCUUCUGAACCUUAAAAGUAUAUAAAAUCAACAAGGAAAAAAUCAGAGAGUUUAAUAAUAGAGUUUGCA